AUGGCUGCGCCGGUCAAUUUAAAAGAUCUAACAAUUGACAACAUCACCGACAAUGUCCACGCCAUCAACUCACAGUGUUGCGAUUUACGUUUAAAAUAUAUUCUAGAGCGCGCAGUCACUCAUCUACAUGAUUUUGCAAGAGAAACCAGACUCACGACCGAUGAAUGGAUGACGGCCAUUCUGUUCCUUACAAAAGUUGGCCAGAUUUCAUCAGACGUUCGACAGGAAUUUAUUUUAUUAUCAGACGUCUUGGGGCUUUCUCUCCUCGUGGAUUCAAUUGAUCACCCCAAACCCAAAGGCAGCACUGAAGGCACAGUCCUGGGGCCGUUCCACACUCACGAAGCAGAACACGCACAUGCAGGUAGUCUCAUAUCUCAUGAUCCAGAUGGCGAGCCUCUCCUAGUCUUAUGUACUCUUAAGGACACCGACGGAAACCCAAUACCCGGAGCGAAGAUCGACGUGUGGGAGACUGACUCAAAGGGGUUCUAUGACGUACAACACGCUGACAGGGAUGGCCCUGAUGGCAGAGCGGUAUUGACGAGCGACGAUACGGGGAAUUUUUGGUUCAAAGCUAUUGUUCCUGUGCCAUAUCCCAUUCCGCAUGAUGGACCUGUGGGUCAAUUGCUCAAAGUGCUGAAUCGCCAUCCCUACCGACCUAGUCAUAUGCACUUUAUGUUCAAGAAAGAUGGAUACGAUCCUCUAAUCACGGCACUGUAUCUCAAGGAUGACCCGUACGAGUCCACAGAUGCCGUUUUUGGCGUCAAGGACUCGCUGGUGGUUUCGCUGAAAAAGGUCGAAGAUGAAGAAGUAGCAAAGAAAUACGACGUCAAACUAGGCUCUGCUCUGAUAACGUAUGACUUUGUCUUGGUCAAGGAUGAAGCUGCGGCGGGUCUUCGCAGGCAAAAGGCGGAGGAAGCAAUGGCCGGCUUGGGACGAAGAUUCAAGUUUAUUGAUGACUUGCCUGUUCCAGAUGUAGACUAG